AUGGAAGACCAACGGCCCGAGGUUCUCGUCGUCUCCAUCGUCUUCUUCGUCAUCGCGACCGUCUUUGUGGCCCUCCGCUUCGUCUCUCGCAUCUUCAUCGUCCAAAAGGUGGCCCUGCAUGAUUAUCUCAUGCUCCUGGCCUGGGUCCUCGACUUUGGCUUCUCCUUCUCCCUCUUCUAUGCCACCCGACAAGGCCUCGGCCUGCACGAUGUCGAUAUUCGUCCGGACCAGCGUUCCGGCCUCAAUCGCGCCGAUUAUGCCUUUACCGUCCUCUACAACCCGACUCUCAUGGCCGUCAAAACGUCCAUCCUCGUCUUCUACCUCACCCUGACACAAGGCGAAAAGGUCUUUCGCUGGGCCAACUACGUCACGCUCUUCGUGGUCAAUGCCGCCGGGUUCGCCCUGACUCUCGUCAAUGUGUUCCAGUGUCGUCCCGUCGGGGCCGCCGUCGCCUAUCCCUUGCCGGCCGGCGCCCAAUGCAUCGACAUCCUGACCCUCUACCUCUCCUCCUCGCCGGUGAACAUUGUCACCGAUCUGGCUAUACUCUUCCUUCCGAAUCCGAUUCUCACGCAGAUGCGUCUCCCGCGGAAGCAGAAAAUCAUCCUCGUUAUCACCUUCAGUUUCGGUUUCUUCGUGGCCGUGGUCGACGUCAUCCGGAUUGCGUAUAUUCAAGAUGCGGCCACCGCCCGGCAGAUUGCGUCGCGACAGGUUCACCUCCAGGAUACCCCGGGGGACGAUCUCAGCUGGUACGGGGCGCUCUCCUUCAUGUGGUCCGUCAUCGAAGUCAACGUCUCCAUCAUCUGUGCCUGCGUCCCCAGUUUGAAGCCGCUCGUCGCGCGACUCAUUCCGAAAUUGAUCCGCGACACGAAUGAGAGCUCCCAAGCCACCGACCGUCCCAUGCCUGCCCCCGAUCCACCCCCGGAGAUUCCCACCGUCUCGGGGCCCACCCGGAAGGAGUCGCAGUCGGAGAGUCACAGCAGCCAGGCAGCCUCGGCCCGCAUCGACCUGGCCGAUUUCCUGAACACCGCGCCGGACGUUCCUCCGGACGUCGAAAACCGGACCAACACCGUCACGACCAACACGUCGUAUCCCCCGAGUAUCACCUUUUUCGAUUUCGUCAACAUGAAGAAGCCGGCCAAUAUGCUGAAGCUGAGCAACAAGGAGUCUAUCGCCCCGAUCGCGCUGACGACCAUCCUGUUCUUCCUCUGGGGGUUUGCCUACGGCCUGUUGGACAUUCUGAACGAGCAGUUCCAGGAAAUCCUGCGGCUGGAUGUGUGGCGGUCGUUUGGGCUCCAUGCGGUGUACUUUGGGGGCUACCUCGUGGCCCCGUCGCUGGUGGGCCGGGUGGUGCUGAAGCGGUGGGGCUUCAAGGCGACCUUUAUCACCGGACUCUGCAUCUACGCCUGUGGCACGCUGAUCUUCUGGCCGUCGGCCGUGCUGUCCUCGUACGCCGCGUUUGCGAUAUCCAAUUUCAUCGUCGGUUGCGGGCUGGCCGUGCUGGAGACGGCGGCCAAUCCGUUCAUUGCGCUGUGCGGACCGCUGGAGAACUCGGAGAUCCGGCUCAACAUCUCGCAGGGCGUGCAGGCGAUUGGCAGUGCGGUCUCGCCACUGCUGGCCAAAAAGGUGCUGUUCAAGAGCGUGACGGACGUGAGCGCCCUGGUCGAUGUGCAGUGGACGUAUCUCGGGAUCGCCCUGUUCGACGUGCUGCUCGCCCUGGCGUUCUACUACCUACCCAUCCCGGAGGCAUCGGACGAGGAUCUGGAAGAGCUGGCCAACCGCCGCCGCGCCGACAACCGGGCCACGGUGGUGGGCAUCCCGGUGGUCUGGGUGACGCUGGCACUGGGCGUCUGGUCGCAGUUUUUCUACGUGGCCGGACAGGAGGUGCUGUCCAUGAGCUUUAGCGACUAUGUCCGCACGGUGCAUCCCCAGUCCGCCCUCAGCCCGUUCGAGCAGCUCACCGUGGCCCACACGGUGUUCGCCAUCGGCCGCUUCCUCGCCGCCUUUCUGCAGUGGUUUCUGAAACCGCGAUGGAUCCUGAUGCUGUCGUACAUCGGCAUGAUCGUGUUUUCAGUCCUCUGCAUGAAGAUGACGGGGCGGACGGCCGGCGCCAUGGCGCAGAUGGUGUACCUGUUCGAGAGCGGGGCGUUUAGCAUCAUCUUCGCCAUCUCGCUGCGCGGCACCGGACGACACACCAAGACGGCAACCGUACUGCUCACCGUGGCCAUCAGCGGCGGAGCCUUCUUCCCAUUUGCACAGUACGCGGCACAAAUGGCGCACGGGAUGCAAUACUCGUACUGCGUGCUGGUGGCGCUGUUCAGCGCGGGGGCACUCUUCCCAGUAUAUCUGAACGUGGUGCCAGCAGCAAAGAAGCAAGUGGACCCCGUGCCCAACGAGCACCUACGACAUCAUCACCGACGCCGCAGCCGAGUGAAGGCCACGGUGGUGGCCCGCGAAAAGGAGAACCCGUCCGUCGGCGGCGUGUUGUCGCGACGGCGCAGCGUGGUGUCCGAACCGCUGCCAACGGUGCAAUUGCCCGAUCACAGUAAGCGGACGGGCGGCUUGAUGCACGAGUUGGCGCCGUGGCCCGAGGGGACGGACUAA